AUGGCUUCUUCAUCCUCAUACGAUGCAAGCCUCCUGAAAUCAGCUCCUGAAGUCGACAAACGGGCUAUCCAGGAAGGAUACAGCACAGAUAUCCUGAAAGAAUCGGAAAAGCCUUUAUUACAACCACCAUCUCGAAGUAACUCCGCACCCACACCACAUCCGCCGACACCCCAACGAGGAAAUACGAAUACGAAUACGGACGGCGCGUCCCGCGAACCUAGUGUACUCGAAGCGCAGGCACCACCAGCCAAACCCAAACUGUUCUGGCGGACGACGAAGGGGAUAGUCAUCAUCGGCGUCGUCGCCGUGGCUGUCAUCGUUGCGGCGGUUGUGGGGGGCGUCGUCGGGUCCCGGAACAGCAAGAACGACAAUAACAAUAACGGCGACAAUGGAGUACCGGUUGGAGACGAGCAGGGAGGUGCACCGGAUGCUGGGGGUCAGCCGACGGGAGGGGGAGGAGCGGGCGGGGAGGAACAAGUCGGGGGCGGCGGGGUGGUGGACGAGCCUACCCGGAGCGCGACUGAUGCAGCGGCGCCGCCUCCGGAUGCAGCACCCACACCGCCUCCUGGUCUCCCCAGCCCCGACGAUAUCCCUACCCUCUUCCCGGACGCCAGCGGGGACCCUGGCCCUGGCACCAGCGACCCUCAGCCUGGCGAUACGGGAUUCACUGCCGCAGACCGCGAAGCACUCGUCGCUCAUGCUGCUAGCGUCAACGCUGCUGGACUCGGACUCGGUUUGGAUUGA